AACACACAUACACUCUGACAAGAGCAAAGAAAAUAACAUUAUUUUACCAAUUGGUUGUUAAUUUUCCUAAAAACAUUUUGAUAAAUUAUUUAAAAUUACCAAAAAUUUAUACAAAACUUUACAACAAUAUGUGAAAAUGUCCAUAAUUUAAAGAAAAUAAACAAAAAAUCAAAAUAUAUUUUAGAUAAACUGAAAAAAAGAACAAAGAAAUCCAAAAUUGGUGUGAGGAGUGGAAUCUGUGAAAAAGUUGAGUAAUAUAGUGGAAACUACUUCAAUAACAAGGUUAAAGCAACUGGAGUAGAGUAUUAAAUAAAGAAAAGCCUACGUUUAUUUAUUGUCAAGUAUUUGCCUUGGUAACAUUUAGUUGUUGGGCGGUAUGAGUGCUAGAUCACGCAGACCAGCUACGGCUAAUAGUCAAAGCCUGAAUGAAUGCGUACAGGUGGUGGUAAGAUGUCGUCCCAUGAGCAAUAGGGAACGUUCAGAGGGCUACGAUGAGGUCAUUGGUGUUUAUCCCACUCGUGGUGUUAUUGAGAUUUCCAACUACUCGGACUCCCAAAAAGAACAACGUAAAGUCUUUACCUAUGAUGCUGUCUACGAUGCCGGUUCAUCUCAGACUACAGUCUACAACGAGAUUGUAUUCCCCCUGGUCAGCUCGGUAUUGGAAGGUUAUAAUGGUUGCAUUUUUGCCUACGGUCAAACGGGUACUGGCAAAACCUUUACCAUGGAGGGUAUUAGAGGCAAUGAUGAAUUGGUUGGCAUUAUACCGCGUACGUUCGAACAAAUCUGGCUGCACAUAAAUCGUACCGAGAAUUUUCAAUUUUUGGUUGAUGUUUCUUAUUUGGAAAUUUAUAUGGAAGAGUUGAGGGAUCUCUUGAAACCAAAUUCAAAGCAUUUGGAGGUGCGCGAAAGUGCUUCAGGCGUUUAUGUGCCGAAUCUACAUUCCGUAACGUGUAAGAGUGUCGAUGACAUGAUGAAUGUCAUGAAGGUGGGAAACAAAAAUCGUACUAUUGGUUUCACCAACAUGAACGAGCACAGUUCAAGAUCUCAUGCCAUUUUCGUGAUAAAAAUCGAAAUGUGCGACAUUGAAACCAACACAAUUAAAGUGGGCAAACUAAAUCUCAUUGAUUUGGCUGGCAGUGAGAGACAAAGUAAAACGGGUGCUUCAGCCGAACGUCUAAAGGAGGCUAGCAAAAUCAAUUUGGCUCUCUCAUCCUUGGGAAAUGUCAUUUCAGCCUUGGCGGAGAAUUCACCACACGUCCCCUAUCGUGACUCAAAACUAACACGUCUCUUGCAAGAUUCCUUGGGUGGUAACUCUAAAACCAUAAUGUUUGCUAAUAUAGGACCCUCAGCCUAUAAUUACAAUGAAACUUUAACGACCUUGCGUUAUGCAUCCCGAGCAAAAGCUAUACAAAAUAAACCAAUUAAGAAUGAAGAUCCUCAGGAUGCUAAACUUAAGGAAUAUCAGGAAGAAAUUGAACGUCUUAAGCGUUUAAUUGGUUCCAAACAACAACAACAACAUCACGUUAAAGUAGAGAAGCCACCCAAGAAAAUUGUCAAGAAACCAAAGGCCGAAAGAAAAGAAAAGUUGCAACCCAAGGAAAUGGAUGAAAGUUUGUCGCAAACCGCCUCCGAAUUGAAUGAUGUCGAUGAGGGGAAAGAUGAACCGGAAUCCGAUAAAGAAAAUGAGGUCGAAGAGGAGGUGGCCAAAACAAAUGAACAAUUGGAAUGUGAACGCUUGGAAACGGCCAAACUGGCAGCAAAAUUAUCGGAGCUUGAAUCCCAGAUGGUAAGGGGAGGCAAAAAUUUACUCGAUACCUAUAGCGAAAGACAAAUUGAAUUGGAAAAGAAGCUGGUGGAGAUAGCAGACCGCAAGAAGCGAGAAAUUGAAAUGCAACAAAAAUUGGAAUUACAAGAGGAAACGACUUUGGAAAUAAAAGAAACCGUUACGUCCAUGGAGCAAGAAGUGGAAUUGAAGAAACGCAAACUCUCUAAAUGUUAUGCCAAAUAUUUGGCUUUGCAGCAAGAGCUAAACGAUUGUAAAUUCGAGCACAAUCAGGAUUUAAGAGAAUUGGAAAUGGCACAGAACGAAUUGGUUAAGGAACUGAAAAGGCAGCUUUUGAUAAUAGACAACUUUGUGCCCGUGGAGGUAAAACAACGUCUGUACACCCAAGCCAAGUACGAUGAAGAACAAGAGGAAUGGAAAUUUUCCUCCUUGCCCAUUUACAACGAUGGCAGCUAUAAUAAUAAACGUCCCGUCUCUCACCCCCAACGACGCAGACCCAUUUCCGAAUAUGCCUUGCUAGAAGCUAAAAACAAUACCUCAGACUCAGCUUUGCGUUACAAAAGCGAAAAUAUUGUCAACUAUGAAUUGGAAAUGCCCUGUCGCACUACCCAGGAAUACAAAACGCCCAAAGUGUCGGCCUCUUUGCAGGCGGUUUUGGCCCAGGCCAUGCAAACUGGCGAUGAUAUCGACAUUGUGGACAAUCAUACCAACUCCAUACGCAGUCGCUUGGAGAGCAUCAUAAAUGCCAGUGCUAAUGCAGCAGCAGCCGCUGCUGCCGCCGCUUCGUCAAAUAUUAAUGGUCACGGACCGACUGCGAAUACAAACGGUGGCAUAGCCACACCAAAUGGUGUGCGUAGUAUUAAGACUAGUCGUGCUACGGGUAUACCUCCAGCUUCAGCUAUGGAUUCGAACAGACGUCCACCCACUGGACGUACCCUACCAAAAAAAACAGGCUCGGCUUAUCCCAAAGCCAGAGGUCUAGUCACUAAAUGAAUUUAAGUUAAUGCUCUACUUUCUAUAUCUCAAUUAUUUAGUAUUUUUAUGCAUUUUUUUUUUAAUUUUUUCAUGUAAACUUUAACUUUACACUAAAUUUUCUCUCUUUCGCUCUCUGUUAAGACAAUUAGUGCAAUACGUUUUUUUGUUUUACAUUUAUAUGAUUUUAUAACGCUUUUUUAUUUCGCUUAUUAAGCUUAAUUUAUAUUUAUUUUAAAGCCACUGUGUUUUAAUUUCAAUAAAACUGCAUUUUUUGUUUGUUAUUAUGUAGAAGUUUAAAUAA